AUGGCCACUUCAACCGGUACCGGCUGGGCUCAGCUCCGGCAGCAAGCCCGAUCUCUCGAGACUCAGACCGAGAACCUUUUCCAUACAUACUCGCAAUACGCCUCAUUAACAAAGCUCCCUCCCACACCCUCGGAGGAAGAGCAACGGAUUGAAUCGCAGCUCAAAGACCUCCUAGAACGACGCGACUCCCUAAUCUCCCAACUCGCCCGCCUCCUCGACUCCGAAGCAACCCUCACCUCCUCCGCCCUCAAACAAAACAACCUCUCCCGUCACCGCGAAGUCCUCCACGACCACCGUCGCGAACUCCAGCGUCUCAAAUCCGCCAUCGCCGAGUCCCGCGACCGCGCUAACCUCCUCUCCAACGUUCGCUCCGAUAUCGAUGCCUACCGCAACUCGAACCCGGGUCAAGCGGAAGCAGAUUACAUGCUUGAAGAGCGGGGUCGGAUUGACGAAAGCCAUAAUAUGAUUGAUGGCGUGCUGAGUCAGGCGUAUGCUAUUAAUGAGAAUUUUGGUCUCCAGCGGGAGACGCUGGCGAGUAUUAAUCGACGCAUUGUGGGCGCGGCGAACUCGGUGCCCGGGAUGAAUGCGUUGAUUGGGAAGAUUGGCUCGAAGAGGAGACGGGAUGCGUUGAUUUUGGGGGCUUUUAUUGGGUUUUGCUUUUUGAUGUUGCUUUGGUUGAGGUGA